UUAAAACAAAAUCUGAACUCCCAGGAUACCAGCCCGGCCCGUAUGGCAGCUAUCUCAGGGGACACCGACUCCGACGACCGCAUUCAGGAUAUAGGCCAGUGUACUCGGUUCCUUUCCCCGGCGCGCAGUACAACAACGACUGCGGGAACCAGCUGCUGACAUGCGUGGAGGAGGAAGACUGCAGCAAAAAGGUGCACGCGAAUGGGCAAACGGAUGGGCAGAUUUGCCCCCUUUCUUCAUGUAUGAAAAGAAGCUUGGAUACUGUGCUACCGUUGAGUUUGAACAGAAGAACAACCUAGACGCGAUGCAGGCGUGUGAGAGUCAAAACGCCAGGCUCUUGUUCUUCGAAAAUUCUGCGGAAUUCAAUCAGAUCGCCGAAAUGAAGAAAAAGAACGAGACCUUCUUCUUUGGUGAGAAAACUUACUGGCUGGAUGCUUACUACGACGACAAGAGCGAGACGUGGAUCAGGAGGACCACCAGGGAGCCUAUCAUUUGGGAACAGAUCUUCUCGCAAUUUACCCCGAUCGUAAACACGACGACCAACCUCGAAGUCGUUCGGCAUAUCAACACGACGCAGCGCUGUCUGACGGUCAUCUACAACUCGACGCAUCCAGAGCUCCUGCAGGUUGAGAAGGCCAAGUGUUCAGAAAAUAAGGAGAUUGCAUGCAAGCUAGGGUUUUAUACGAACAAAUGCCGAGAUAACAAAAAUGUGUGCUGCUUUUCUACCACUUCGGACUACUACUUAAAGAACACAUUGACAGGUACCGGCAGCACCAUUGGAGAAGCAGAUUCAAAUUGUUUCUUGGAGAUUAUAAAAGGAGGGAAGCCUGUCGUGGAGCCCUGUGAUAAAGUGCUAGCCACCCUGGAGCCCUCCACGGUCAAUAACACGGAGCUGAGAAUCCCCUACCGCAUUGGGUCGUCCUUCUUCUACUUGGACAACACGACGUGUCUGGGGAAGGCCGACCGGAAGGCUGUCGUGUCCGACAGGAAAGUCCACAACUUCAUCUCUCGCUACCUGGUCAUGGCCAACCUCGUGAAGAACUUGACUUAUGACUCUUUCAUCAUCGGACUCCAGUACAAGGGCCACGUCCACAAGCUCAUCUGGCAGAAUGGUAGGCCGUACGAUUACUACAACGAGACCUUCUGGAACGGCUACCAACCCAACUUUGACAAGUUCGGCGACAGCCAUAAGCCAGUGUGGGCCACUACGUCGUGUCGCCAAUUGACUACCAGUACAAGUGGGAGCUGA